GAAGAUUUGAAUCUUAUGAAUUACGUGGGAGUGAAUAGCUACCGUUUCUCUAUAUCAUGGGCAAGAAUUUUACCAAAGGGACGAUUUGGAAAAGUAAACGGGGCAGGCAUUGAUUAUUACAACAAGCUCAUUGACGCUCUCCUGGGCAGAGGAAUCCAGCCUUUUGUGACAUUGAGUCAUUACGACAUUCCUCAGGAACUUGAAGAAAGAUAUGGAGCAUGGCUAAGUCCAGAAGUGCAGGAGGAUUUCAGAUACUACGCAGAUAUGUGUUUUAGAUCAUUCGGUGACAGAGUAAACUACUGGGCGACCUUCAAUGAGCCCAACGUUGCAGUUAUUCGAGGGUAUAGGUCUGGGAUUUACCCACCAUCUCGUUGCUGUCCCUCCUUUGGGAACUGUACCGCCGGAGACUCCACCACCGAGCCUUUUAUCGCUGCCCAUAAUGUCAUCUUGUCACACUCUUCUGCUGUCCAUCUUUACCGAACCAAAUAUCAGAAAACUCAAGGUGGAAGUAUUGGGAUUGUUAUGAACUGCUUGUGGUACGAACCUUUCAGCAACUCCUUGGAAGAUAAAUUAGCAGUUGAGAGGGCUCUGUCUUUCUAUAUGAACUGGUUUUUGGACCCAAUUAUACUAGGGAAAUAUCCUGCGGAAAUGAAAGAGAUUCUGGGAGACCAUUUGCCCGCGUUUUCGAAAGAUGAUAUGGAGAAGCUGAAGAAUGGAUUGGACUUUAUUGGCAUUAAUCACUAUACCAGUUUUUAUGCAAAAGACUGUAAAUUUUCUACAUGUGAACCCAAAGCAGGAGCUUCUAAGACGGAAGGUUUGAGUCUACGAAUUGCGCAGAAAGAUGGGCUUUUUAUUGGAGAACCGAGUGAAGUUGACUGGAUAUAUGUUUAUCCCCAAGGAAUGGAAAAGAUUAUAACGUACAUAAAAGACAGGUACAACAACACACCAAUGUUCAUCACAGAAAACGGGUAUGGUUAUAAGGAAAAACCCAAUUUCAAACGUGAAGAUUUACUGAAUGAUGUCAAGAGAGUGGACUACAUGAGGUCCUACUUAGAUGCUAUAGCAACUGCAGUCAGAAAAGGAGCAGAUGUGAGAGGCUACUUUGCUUGGUCCUUGCUUGAUAAUUUUGAGUGGAUUAGUGGUUACACGGAGCGUUUUGGACUCUACCAUGUCGAUUAUGCCACUCUCAAGAGAAGUGCAAGACUCUCAGCUGACUGGUACAGACAGUUCAUUGCUAAUGAAACGAAGCAAUGCCAAAGUGUAUUCAAGGAAGCAGAUGAAUGGAAUCACCAAAAGGGCAAAAACUACAUAACGAGAAGAAAGAACACAGAAUGA